AUGCCCUCUCUGUGCUGGGGGGUCCCCAGUGCUCUGCUGCCCCUCCUGCUGCUGCUGCUUCUGGGCCAGGCCAGCCCCACCUCCAUCAGCGUGAACCUAGGGGUGACUGUGAUGAAGGGCCGUUCUGCCUUCCUGUCGGAGGACAAUCUCAAGUUUGCUGUCCCCAAAGAGAAGGAUGCCUGCAAAGUGGAAGUGGUGGUGAAUGAGCCAAUCACCCAGAGGGUUGGCAAACUCACCCCACAGGUUUUUGACUGUCAUUUCCUUCCUAACGAAGUCAAGUAUGUCCACAACGGCUGCCCUAUUCUGGAUGAAGAUGCCGUGAAGCUCCGACUUUACAGGUUUACUGAAACAGACACCUUCACGGAAACCUUUGUCCUGCGGGUCUAUCUGCGGGAACCAGACUGUAACAUCAUCCGCAUGAGCCCCAAUGUGCUGGAGGUGUCCGAAUUCUAUGGGCUGUCCCGGGCCAUUGAUAAGAACGUGCUCAGCUUCGAUUAUGGUGGGGCGGCUAACCUGGAGUGCACCGUCAGCCUGGCCCCUGUGGGCACCUGGCUGCCUGCCCACGGUCAGAUGGUCCUGGUGGAGCCUGGGCCAGAAGAACCCCGUGGAGAUCAGCCCCACAGCUUUUUCCCUGAGACGCACCUGGGAACAGAACUGAGGUGUCCAGGUGGAAGCUGUCCAGUCCGAGUGAAGAAAGUAGGAAGUCUCAAAGUGAGCUGUGAGGAGUUCCUGCUGAUGGGGCUUCGCUAUCAACACCUGGAUCCCCCUUCACCCAACAUUGAUUACAUCUCCAUCCAGCUGCACCUCACAGACAGCAGGAGUAAAAUCAUAUACAAGUCAGAGAGCGCGUGGCUGCCUGUCCACAUCAGAGCUGGCCUUCCGAAUCAGAUCCCAAGGGCUGCGUUCAUGGCCAUGUUUAUUCUGGAAGUGGACCAGUUCAUCCUGACCUCCCUGACCACAUCGGCUCUGGACUGCGAAGAUGAUGAGACCCCCAAGCCCUUGUUGGUGUUCAACAUCACGAAGCCCCCACGCCAGGGCUUUGUCACUCACCUGUUGGAUCACACCCGACCCAUCUCCUCCUUCACCUGGAAAGACCUAAAUGACCUGCAGAUUGCCUACCAGCCACCAAACAGCAGCCAUACGGGGAGGAGAAAUUACCAGGUGGAGUUGGAGGUCCACGACUUCUUCUUUGAAAGGAGCGCGCCAAUCACAGUGCAUCUCUCCAUCAGAACAGCAGAUACGAACGCCCCACGCGUGUCCUGGAACACAGGUCUAAAUCUCCUGGAGGGGCAGUCGCGGGCCAUCACGUGGGGACAGUUUCAGAUUGUGGACAACGAUGACAUUGGUGCCGUCCGUCUAGUCAUUGCUGAUGGAUUGCUACACGGGCGUCUUACUCUAAGAGGGGGGAAAGGAUUUCUCUUCACGGUGGCCGAUCUGCAGGCAGGCGUGGUUCGAUAUCAUCACGAUGACAGCGAUUCCACCGAAGACUUCGUGGUCUUCAGGAUAUUUGACGGCCAACAUAGUAUCCGCCAUAAGUUUCCCAUCCACAUCUUACCCAAAGAUGAUAGCCCCCCGUUCCUCGUCACCAACGUGGGGAUUGAGCUGGAGGAGGGGCAGACUGUCCGGAUCCAGGGCUCCGUGCUGAGAGCGUCCGACAUGGACUCCAGUGAUGACUACAUCUUCUUCAACAUCACGACGCCCCCGCGGGCGGGAGAGAUCAUGAAGAAGCCCGGGCCAGGACUGGUAGGCUACCCUGUUCCCGGCUUCCUUCAGAGGGAUCUGCUUAACGGGAUCAUUUACUACCGGCAUUUUGGUGGCGAAAUCUUUGAAGAUUCUUUUGAAUUGGUCCUGUGGGAUAGUCAUGAACCUCCAAACCUUUCAGUGCCUCAGGUGGUGAUAAUUCACAUCACUCCAGUGGACGACCAACUUCCAAAAGAGGCUCCUGGGGCAUCUCGGUAUUUGGUUGUCAAGGAAACCGAGGUGGCAUACAUAACCAAGAAGCAACUAUACUUUGUAGAUACGGAAUCCUAUGACACAGAGCUGCUCUACACAGUAACGACUCCGCCAUUUUUCUCCUUUAGCCGCAGCCAUUUGGAUGCUGGGAAAUUAUUCCUGGUGGACAGCAUACCAAAGCUAACCAAAAACCCUGCAUCCCUGAAGCUGAGGUCAUUCUCUCAGCAUGCUGUGAACUACAUGAAAGUGGCUUAUAUGCCGCCCAUGCGAGACAUAGGUCCCCACCUCCGACACGUCCAGUUCACACUGGCCGUCAGUAACCAACGUGGCGGCACUUUGCAUGGCAUCUGCUUUAACAUAACCCUUCUCCCAGUGGACAACCAAGUUCCGGAGGUAUUGACCACGCCCCUGAGAGUGGCGGAGGGCGGUCAAUGCAUCAUCAGCACCGAACACAUUCUGGUUUCGGAUGUGGACACCAACCUGGACCAGAUCCACCUCACCCUUCAGAGACCACCUUUCCACGGAAGGCUGGAGCUGGAUGGAUUGCCAGUUAACACUGGGGGCACAUUUUCCUGGGGAGACCUCCAUGCCCUAAAAGUUAGGUAUCAGCAUGAUGGAUCUGAGACACUUCAGGAUGACAUACACCUGGAGGUCACUGAUGGCACAAACUCUGCCGAAUUUGUUCUACAGGUCAAGGUAUUCCCUGUAAAUGAUGAGCCCCCGGUCCUAAAGGCUGACCUCAGCCCCAUGAUGCAUUGCUCAGAGGGAGGAGAGGUGAUCAUCACCCCCGAGUACCUCUGUGCUACUGAUGUGGACAGCGAUGACUCGGAACUGGUGUUCGUGAUUGCUCAGAAGCCUCGGCAGGGGGUGGUGAAGAGCGCUGGAAUGGUCACCGAGCAGUUCUUUCAGAGAGACGUUCUCUCUGGGGCUGUGACAUAUGAACACACAGGUGGUGAGAUUGGCCUGGUGCCCUGUGUUGACACCAUGACGUUGGUGGUUUCGGAUGGACUCGCCGGCCCUUCUGUGAACGGCUGUUGUUACAGCGGACCACACCCAUCUGUCCCUCCCCACGGGUCCUUCCCUGCGUAUGAGCUCAACAUCACGGUGCAGCCAGUGGACAACCAGCCACCUUCCAUCGCAAUCGGUACCCCGUUCCUCGUGGACGAGGGUUUCUGGGCGCCGGUGACCGUUAACCAUUUGUCUGCCACCGACCCUGACACUGCCGCAGAUGACCUGGAGUUUGUUUUGGUUUCUCUUCCCCAGUUUGGUUACAUUGAAAACACACUCCCUUCUGCGGGUUUUGAAAAAAGCAAUACGGGCAUAAGUAUAGCUUCGUUCCGGUGGAAAGACAUGAAGGCAGUGCGCAUUAACUAUGUGCAGUCCAAGCAUCAGAGGAUAGAGCCACGUGCCGACCAGUUCACGGUGUACGUCACAGAUGGGGAGCGACGCUCUGUGGAGAUACCAUUCGAUGUCCUGAUCAAUCCCACCAAUGACGAAGUUCCUGACUUUGUGGUACAUAACAUUACGGUCUAUGAGGGCCAGAUGAGAGAGCUGGAUUCUUCCAUCAUCAGUGCUGCGGAUCGGGAUGUUCCCAAGGGGCCCUUGCUGUUCACCGUCACUCAGGAGCCUCGCCAUGGCCUCCUCCUCAGUGUGCCCAGGGAGGCCAUCGCCCCGCAGCAGCGGCCAGCGCGCCCUCACCAGAAUCAUCAGCGGGUUCACAACUUCUCCUUGGAGCUUCUCAAGACCGGGAGGAGGCUGCUGUAUGCUCACGAUGACUCCGAGAGCCUUGCUGAUGACUUCACUGUCCAGCUGUCGGAUGGGAAACAUAAAAUUCUUAAAACCAUUACAGUGACGGUCACCCCAGUUAAUGAUCAGAAGCCAACACUGAGCAAGCAGGCAGAAAUCACGAUGGCUGCGGGAGAAACGCGUGUUCUUUCUAGCGUGGUUCUUUCAGCCACAGAUGAGGACUCGCCUAGGGAGGAGAUUUGCUAUGUAUUUGAAAGACUUCCCCAAAACGGGCAACUCCAGCUUAAGAUAGGGAGGGACUGGGUCCCACUCUCCCCUGGCAUGAAGUGCACGCAGGAGGACGUGGAUCUGAACCUGCUGAGGUACACACACACCGGGCUAGUAGAUUCCCAGAACCAAGACAGCUUCACCUUCUACCUGUGGGAUGGUAACAACCGGUCACCAGCAUUUGACUGUCACAUCGCCAUCAAGGACAUGGGGAAAGGUGAUAUUGUCAUCUUUGCAAAGCCCCUUGUGGUGUCCGAAGGUGACAGGGGUCUCUUGACGACCAGCACUCUCCUGGCCGUGGACGGCACAAACAAGCCCGAGGAACUGCUGUAUGUCAUCACGUCGCCCCCGCAGUAUGGCCAGGUUGAAUACGUCCACUAUCCUGGAGUUCCCAUUACAAGCUUCAGCCAAAUGGACAUAGCAGGGCAGACGGUCUGUUACGUACAUCAGAGCAAAGUGGCCACCUCUAGCGACAUGUUCAGAUUCAUUGUCAGCAAUGGGCUGCGGACGAAGCCCGGGCUGCUGGAGGUCACGCUGGAGACGGUGGACAGAGCCUUGCCCGUGGUGACGAGGAACAAGGGGUUGAGACUAGUUGAAGGGGCCACGGGCCUGCUUUCCCCUGACCUCCUCCAGCUGAUGGACCCCGACACUCCCCUGGAGAAACUCACCUUUCUCGUGGCCCAGCUCCCACAGCACGGCCAGCUCUACCUGCGCGGGACGGUGCUGCUGCAGCCCAGUUUCACGCAACAGGACGUCGACCGCAGGGCCGUGGCCUACAGGCACUCCGGAGGGGACUCCCAGAUGGACCAGUUUACUUUUGUGGUCACCGAUAGGACAAAUCGAGGCUUUAUUGUGGAUGGGAGAGUGUGGCAAGAACCCAUUUCAUUCACCAUUCAGGUGGACCAGUUGGACAAAACAGCUCCCCGGAUCACACGCUUGUAUCCCCCCUCUCCGGUGGGACUCCUGAACAAUGGCCGCUAUGGGAUUUACAUCACAUCCCACGUGCUGAAGGCCUCAGACCUGGACACCCAGGAUGAGCAGAUCAUCUUUCAGAUUUUGCGAGGCCCACAGCACGGACAUCUGGAGAACACAACAACAGGUGAAUUUAUCCGGGAAAAAUUUAGCCAGAAGGAUUUAAACAGUAAGAGCAUCCUUUACAUCAUGAAUCCAUCUCUGGAAGUAACGUCUGAUGCUGUGGAGUUUCAGAUCAUGGAUGAUACAGGGAACGCUGGCCCUCCUCAAAUUCUGGAAUUGAAGUGGUCUCGCAUCGAAUGGGCACAGAGUGAGUAUGGGGUCUGUGAGGAUGUGGGAGUGCUGCCCUUGGAAAUCACCAGGAAGGGCUACGCCCUGGACUCAGCCUUUGUGAAUGUGAAGGUCAACCCGGGGUCAGCUACGGUUGGAAAGGAUUUCACGGUGGCUCGAUCUAAGCUGAUUCAGUUUGAUCCAGGAAUGUCAACUAAGAUGUGGAAUAUAGCAAUUACCUAUGACGGGUUCGAGGAAGAUGAUGAGGUCUUUGAAGUAAUUCUCAACUCCCCCGUGAAUGCCGUUCUUGGCACAAAGACAAAAGCUGCAGUGAAAAUUUUGGACUCAAAAGGAGGACAGUGCCAUCAUUCCCAAAGCAAGCACAGCCCGUGGGACAAGGGGGUUGGGCAUCCGCCGCCCCCAGGGGCUUCCUCACCCACCACUUUUGGUCCCUUGCAUCCGGAAAGAAGACCCCGCCCAUCUUCUAAGAGGCUAGAGGUCACCAGAGGAGACACUCCACAGAGCUUUGAUGCGACAGCGCUUUCUCGAAUGAGCCUCAGGCCCCGUGGGAAUGGCAGAAUCGUUCAUCCCUCCUCUGUUUUUAGAAAUGGAACAGACAUCAUCUAUCAUUAUCAUGGGACAGUGGCCCUGAAGCUGGAGAGCGACAGCUCCCCCACUCCCCAGGCCAAAGCUUCCAUCACCAGCCAGCCCCCCAAAACCCUCAGAGCAGCCCAAGGGCCUCAAGCCAAUAAGGUGGAAUCCACAACAGAGUCACAAUCUGCCAGACAGGACCGUUUGCCCUCCUUCCCCAAGAAUUGUACUCUGGAAUUAAAGGGACUUUUCUAUCUUGACGAAAGCCGUCAAAAGCUGUAUCAGUGCAAUGGGAUUGCCUGGACAGCCCGGAACCCCCAAACCAAGGAGGUGGAAGAUAAAUCCUGCCCAGCAGGGUGGCGCCAUCACUCAGGCUACUGCCAUUUGUUGGUCACCGAGGAGAAACACACCUGGACCACAGCUGCCCAAGCCUGCACAGAACAACUCCUGGGCAGCCUGGUAACUGUCCUCACCAGGCAGCAUAUGCAAUGGCUCUGGGACAUGAGUGGAAGGCGGCCCUUCUGGAUAGGCUUGAGCGACCGAGGACAGGGUGGCCACUGGGAGUGGAUUGGUGGUGAGCCAGUCACCUUCACCAACUGGAGGAAACUACCCCCGCAACCUUCAAAGCCUGGGAGGAACUGUGUCUUGGUUCAAAGACAAGGGAAAUGGCAAGCCAAGGACUGUAGGCUGGGCAAGCCUCACAGCUAUGUAUGCUCCAGGAAACUCUAAGUGCUACUGCCCGUCCAGGGGCCCACCCAGGUUCACACCUAUUUAUUUAUAGGAUUUGUGACUGUGGCUCAAGAGAAAACCAAGAGUUGUGACUGAUCUGUUAACAUUUAUAAAAUCAUAGAUUAUGAGUGCUUCUCUCCAGUUAAAAAUGGAACAUAAAAGGAUUGGAGAAUGAAUAUUUCUUGACAAGACGAGAUUGAAUGUUUUGUAUCACGGUAUACAUUGUAAUUAAUGGACAAGCCUGCGGUACUAUAGGAUGUGAGGUGUACUUCUCCCAGGAGACAUCUUCCUCUCUUCUGAAAAUAAGUCUCAGGCAACACUAAUAUCAUGACCCUUGGAAAUUUUUGUCCUAUUACCUCAAAUGAGACCUUUCUGAAAUCUACAGCAGGCACACCUACCAUGUCAGCCUGAAUGUGGUGAACCUGUCAGUUUACUGACCAGGGCUGAAUUGCCCAAGGUCGCUCAGUCCUUGUAAAUGUGGUCCCUGACAUUAAAAACUGUGGACCAAAGAAGGAACAAUUUUUUCUUUAAAAGGUCUGGUGGCCAAGGGCGGUUUUAGAUGAGAGAGCCACUCUUUAGGCUCAUCUCCGAAGCUCAAGUUCAAGCAAGCCUUCAGGGGACUCCCUUUAUCUCCAAGGUCUAUACUUCAAUAGUCAUUAAACAGAUCCCCUUUGCCAGUGAGAAUCUUGGCUGUGUAACAGUACAAAGCUACUGAUUGGGGUUCCCUGGCCUUGCAGAAUCAUGGUAACUUUGAAGUGCUGUGGGUCUCUUCCCUGCCAUGUGGAAUACUAUCUGGCAUAGCUCAAGGACAUUUGAAAUAGAGAGUAUAUACAAAUGAUGACUAACAUAAGGGGAGGAAAUAUUGCUUCCUCUGAAAUGUGCUAGCGAACUGUGCUGAUGCACGAUGAAAAGUUAUACUGAAAACAGAGCCCUUGAAAGCCUAUGUUCUUAGAAAAAGAUUUCAGUGCAAUUCUGAGCUUUUAAAUCUUUAAUCUUUGCAGAAAUGCCAUGCUAACUCGAUUCUCUAAUGUGCGGGAACCUUAUUAAUUUAUAAGCUCAGUUGAGGGAAGCAUUUUUGUGGCAGUGAAUUCCAGGACUAAUUACAGGCCAUUAGAACCUUACAUCUGCAAUAUUUCCUCCAAUUUUUUUCUCUUCCCAAUCAAUGAAAAGUUUGGUUAUGCCAGGUGUAACUUUCCGCAUGAAUCUCAGUGCAGCAUCAGAACCAAGUAGGUUACCAACUAGACUAGGAUUUAGGUGCAGGUUUUAUUAUAACGUGUUUUUUUCCCACUGCAAUCCGUCAAUGUUGACUCAUAGCAAAUCCCGAUGGGUUUCUGAGACU